GAUUGGGUGGAGGUGGGAACAGGUGAACUCGUGAGGCAAUAUUCAGAAGCCUCCUUCCCUUCAACCUCGGACUGGACAAGGCCCCUGCGGGAGGUUGAGGAAGGGGGCCUGCGGACUGAAGGUCCCGGGAGGACCGGGCGGGGCAGUGUGAAGUGAGGUAGGCGGAGUGAGUACCAUUCUCAACCCGUGCCUGCCACUAGUUUUCAUGGACAUCUGGGUGUCCUGGCGUGCUGCUGUUGGGUGAAUGAGGGGGGCUCUCACCCAGACACAGAAACAGUUCGUCUCCAUGCAUAAGCGCUUGGUGAACUAGGCUUUCUGACCAGCACCAAGUACUUCAUGAGGACAGGGAGGGGUGGACCCUGGCGCGUCUGUCCUGAGCAGUGGGGAACACACAAGACUAAAUUUGGGGGUGAGGGGUGUGGUGACGCCCCGUUUUACUCUGCACAUGGAAAGGAUUGGGACUGAGGGGUGGGACAGGAGACAGUGCCUCUUUGUUUUUCCUGGUCCCUUCCUGCUCGGGGACAAGUGACAGGACUCCAGGCCGCAGGAAGCUGCCCCCCCUUUUUUUUUGCUGGACACAGGAAGGAUGGGACUGGGAGGGGUAGGACUUCUGUUGCAAGAGACACCAGCCAUCUUCUUUUUCCUGGUCCCUUCCUAGUCCUCUAGCACAUGUGGAAAGGACAUCAGGGCCAACUCCGUGGAAACCUGAUACCUGUUCUUGCUUGUGGCGUUCAUUUAACUCUUCCUUGUAUCUGUAAUGUGCCUUUGCACACACAAUGUUCAGGAUUCCUGUGUAGCACAGGGAGGCUACUGUCAUGGCAUCCAAGAUCAAGAGCAAACCUCCUAAGCAGUCUGAGAUGACUCCUGAUCUACCAUCUGAUGAUUUACAGCUGCUGAGUGAAAAUAACCCACCUGAAAAUAACCCAGGAAACAGACCAGCCCUUGAAACCAGUGGGGAAAACAGUUCUUCCCACAAAACAGGUGGACCAAAGCCAGGGCCUAGUAAGGAAUCUCUUCAUGGAAGGAGGAAAAAGUAUAUGCAUUCAGUCAGUAAAACUAUCUACAACAUCGAGCAGAAUUCACAAUUCAUAAAUUCUCUGCUGAACAAGAAAGAGGAAACUAACCAGAAGUUGUGCCUGUCAGACAGACGAGUAAAUACGUGUGGAAUGCUAGUAACACAGCAGUUCUUCCUGCGCUUUCUGCAAGACAGUCGUGCUCUGAAUGUCACAGUGGUCAAAGUUAUCUUUUUCAGGCAGGAGAUUUAUCAGGAACAUUCUCAUCAGUUUUUGAAUUUGGUUGUGAUGUGGAAUAUAGAUGCAGACGAAGUCAAGAAACAUGGAGAAAAUCUCUCCAAUAUACUUGAUCAGCAACAAGAGCUUUUUCAUCAAUUUCAAGUUAUUCAUAAGCAGAAAAUAGAAGAAUUUAAGGAGCUAUGUAAUCGACACUUGAAGAAUCUACAGGCUAUUAAGAGUUGUCGCCGAAAAGCUAUUCUCGAGGAAUCCAGAAAUCAAAUGGACCUCUUGGAGAGGAAACUUACUACAGAAACUGUAAAGCUUCAGGAAGAAAAGGCUGGUGUUAGAUCGUCUCUGCUAUCCCUGCUAUUCUCAUAACACCUUGAAGAAAAUAGCUCAACCUCCAUAAUAAGAUGUCAUCAUCUAUUAUGCCGUGGAGACUGCAACUGAAGUGAUUGUAACUUCCUUUUUCACAUCUGUGAGGUGCCAGAAAAACUUUACUGAGAAUGUUUUGCUCUUCAAAAUUUCUUUGCACGUAGUAUGCUAACAUCAGUGAUAUACAAAGUCUUCUGUAUGGAUAUGGAUAUGGAUAUGGAUAUAGAUCUACCUGCCAUGGGGAAUCUUUAGCUGGAAACCUUUGAUUUAAUAAACAUGAAAUUGUUUCAGA